CCUCACCCACUUCUAUCCAUAAUCAUUCAAUACCUUGACCUUAUAUCAACCUAUAACAUAAAGUUUGUUAUAUAAAAAUUAAUAUUUUCUUCCCCUGUAUACUUUGCAACCCUACAAUAUCGCAAAUCAGUUCAUAUCGGGUAGUUUUAUUCAAACUUUCAAUAAAAGCCAUACCUCAUCAGAAAACGUUUAAAUUUUUCUCAUUUUAAAACGCCACACUUUACACAAAAAUGUCACAAUCAGAAAAAUCGCGCGAAUUCAAAAUUGCUGCAACACCUCCAGUGAUACCUCAAAUUUCAUCAGAAACGGCUGAAGCUAUCGCGGUGCCAGCCACAGAUUCUUCGCAAAACCUGUCAAACUUUAGCGAAGUAACUGCAACUACCAGCGGUACGAUUUCAUCUCGGUUGUCUGAAGUCAUUGAUAACAGACUUAUUCUGGGAUUCCAUCCAGCAUACUUCGUAACCGUUAUGGGUACAGGUAUCUCAUCUGCAAUCCUUUACAACUUCCCAUAUCCAGCUCAUUGGCUCAGAAUAUGCUCCUACAUAAUGUGGGCCACUGCCAUCUUUUUUUUCUUAUCAACUACCAUCUUUUGUAUUAUCGCAAUGAUCAAGCAUCCAAAGAAACUUGUUACCUUUAACACUGAUCCAGCGGUUGCUCCGUUCAUGGGUGCAUAUUCCAUGGGGUUCACUACCCUUGUCAACUUCCUUUACUUUGUAACUGGAAAAUCAUGGAUAAUUGGUAUCUACUGUCUUUGGUGGAUUGCUGUGAUACUAUCCCUUUAUACCGCAUGUGUCAUUUUUUAUUUCGCAUUGGUUGCAAAAAAUAAAAGUUUCCCUCAAAUUCCAACCCAAAAUUUACAUGCCACUUUACUUUUGCCAAUUGUUACCCUUACCGUUGUGGCAUCUUCUGGGGGGAUCUUCACUCCGGAAUUACCUACAAAUAACCUCAAGAUGUCGACUAUGGUUAUCUGUUACAUAUUGUGGUCUAACGCCAUUGCUCUUGCUUUCAUUAUUAUCACCAUUUACUUUUGGAAAUUAUUUGUACAUAAGAUUCCAAACACUGCCAUGGUAUUUACUUCAUUCUUACCAGUUGGUGUUUUGGGCCAAGGAGCCUACGGAAUCCAACUCUUGGGUGUCAACAUGCACAAAUUUAUCCAAGACAACUAUGCUGAUAUUUCCCUUGCUCAAUUAUCCUAUAUGGGCUCUGAGUCAAUGAUUGAUGCUCAUCAACAAGACCUUGCUAUGAUCAUUGGUAACAUCAUUCUUUAUAUGUGUACCAUGAUUUCUCUCUUUUUGACAUCCUUUGGGUACUUUUGUACCUUCAUCGCGGUUAUUUCUUGUCUCUCAAAGAUUAGCCCAUUUUGCAAAUGUCCAAAUAAAAAUAUUUGCUACGCCCGUGAAACAUCUCAUAUCAUCAAAGAUAGAUUUAUUGGCCUUGUUAGAUUCAACAAGACAUUUUGGGCCUUGACUUUCCCUCUUGGUACUAUGGCAUUGUCUAACAAUGAAUUGCAUAAGGUCUUCAACAACCUUAAAGCUUUCAGGGUUAUUGGUACUAUGUAUUCAGUGUCUCUUGUUUUGAUCACUUUAGGAUGUCUUAUUGGUUGUUUCUACACUGUUGCAAAGGAAUGUCAAUAUAUUGUACAAGGAGAUAAAGAGGUCGAAGUCGAUGUUAAACAGAUGGUUUAAUUUAUGUUCCACAUAGCAUCAUUAUAUUUAUUUAAUUUUAUAACCGAUAGAAACAUAAACAAAGUCUAAG